AUAGCACAGAUUGACUUCCAUACAGAUACAACUCAGAUUAUCAGAUCAACUCAAAUCUGUGCGCGUCAGUGCAGAGAGAGUAUCUGAUUGGUUACGUCUGAGUCACAUGACUGUACAUCCGCUGUGGGACUGUUUCUGUUUGGCAGCUAUGACAACGUACUUCGAAAGUUGGUUGAAUGGCUUCAGUGAGGAAGAAAGCACACCAGAAGUGUCUGAAAUGUACCGUUUAUCUGGACAUUCAUAAAGUAAGGGCAUACUAUGUCGUUUCUUUGCUUCGAAACACUCGAGCUGAUAUUUGGUACCGUCGUUCCUGUCACGCUAGCCGGCUAACCACCGUACAUCCUCUUUCAUUAUCACGCUUUCCCUGAUGUUUACCAAACGACGGCGUCAGCUUGUUGCCAAUAUGAUCGAUUUUAGAUAUUGUUCACUGACUGCAUGAGACAGGCUCAUCGGCGUUCAUUUCCUGAACGUAUCCUGAACCGUCUCAGUAGUAUUGUUGAUGCUGUAAUUUCUUAAAACCACAUUAAUCCCCCUGUUUAUUUGUUAAGGAUGUAGAGGACAAAUGAAACCAGGGUCUUGUUGAUGCCGAUAUGCCAUUUCCAUGUUGUUUUCUCCUCACUCUAUCAUUAAUUAUUUAAGAUGAACAAGAACGAAUUAUUUAGCCAGAAAGUUGAAAUUGCAACCUCUUUAGACAGGGACUAUUUUGGACUAGGAACAAUAAUUCCCUGAAUUUCUCUGUGCAAGGAUAUGCCCUUUUUGCCAUUGCAAGCGAUCUGCUAAUAAACAACAGAGCAAAGAAUAAAUGCUAAUCAACAUGAAACAUAGACAUGCUGACUUGUCAUUGAAGUCAACUAAUUUUAGUUGUCUGUGUGCAGAUUACAUGUCCAAGUGUGCUCCUAUUUAAAAAGAAGGAUAUCUACCUCAGUGUGUGUAUGAUGGGACAGUACAGAAAGACUCCCUGUUUGCCACCAGUGUUCCCUCUGCUCUUCGACCACAAAAUGAUAUUUCACAAGGUAAAAAAAAGUUGCUGUAUAUUGUGUUUGUUGCAAAAGUUCAAUAAUCAGAAUAACUAGAUUCGUGUAGCUACCUUUAAAUGUGAUUAGACGAGAGAAAGUAUGACCUGCUGACAUAUUUACUUUUGGAUCUCGUAGUUUUAUUUUUCAUUUAUGAUUGAUUUGCAAACAUGUCCAUGUGAAGACUUCUCUUUUUAUUUGUGGACAAAAUCUUUUUCUCUUGCAAAAUUGUGUUGCAGGGUGUUAUUGUCUUAAGAAUUCAAACUAGCAAACCUUCAAUUUUGGCAUCACUGCACUGAGUCCUGAUAAAAGGCACUUCUUUUGGCCUCAAGAGACAGCAGGGAUAGAUACAGGGCUCUCUGUCUGGUCUUGUUAUAAGUAUUGAUUUGCUUUGUCUGUUCUCUGUUUUACCAGACUUUCCCCGGCGUUGUUGACCCUGCUGAUGUAGCUGACCUCCUGGAAGGUAAACGGCCGUCUGGGAUUUGCUUCCUCAUCUUUUAGUCCUGAAUUCUCUGCUAUGCAAGCUUAUGGGCUAUUAGCUGUGAUACUGAUCAUUAGCUCACAGUCUUUUUGUGCUUUGCUUCCUCUUAGCUGACACAACAUCUUUUGAGCUGAUUCAGUUGGUGCCUCCAGGUAUGCUUUCUGAUGAUGCCUCAUGGGCAUGUUAAAUCCCAACUUUAUCUAGUCAUUACACUGCAAAAACAGGAUGUUACUGUUCACUUUACUGUCUGUUUUUGUUCUUAAGAGGGCGAGAUUUUAGCCACAAUGGAAGAGAGCAGCAGAGAUUUCCUGUUCCCUGCUGAACCUGGUCUGAGCUCAGGAGAAGGAGCAGCAGAGAGAGAGAUACUGAUGAAGAGAUCCUCUUCCUUCCCUGUAUGCUUUUUAAUGUCUCUUACUUAUUUCCUAAUCCUCUUUCAAACAUGAGAGCUUAAUGUUACCUUUUUAGCUUUUUGUUUUUGUUUACAAUUCUGCAUGUAAAGGGUUACAGUCUUCUUUACUUGACAAGCAGAAACCAUAUUCAUCUAUAUUUACAGGUACCUGUUCUUGGCAUUUUGAAAUAGAUACUAACAUGCAAGUGUUUAUCAGUCACCAGGGUUAUUGAGUGUAAAAUAUGAGUCACAUUUAUUAAGGGACCACUUUGAGCAUAAAAAAAUGCCAAUAAAAGUUAUGCUUAGAGGAAAAAAAAAAUGCAAACCAGAAUCAUGAGUUCAACUUUAUCAACGGUUUUAUCCAGGAUAUGUAUUUACAUGAAUCCUGAACCUUCCUCCUGUGUUAGCUUUUACUACACACCCACUAUGUUAAGGGUCGGUUUUGACCCGUGUCUUAAAUCAGCUGUAAAUUACACUAAAAACAAUUCUCUAUCAUCCAAUUUGGUUCUCAUCUCUAGGUUACCUCGUUUGGCUUCGUUAUCUGUGAAAAUAUUGAUAAUAAUAGUUUUUGUUGUGGUCCUCUGGGCCUUUCUUUGUCAGUACACCCCUUACACAGACAUCUAUACUGAACAUGUCUGGACAUACCCGACAGAGUUUUUUGUGCAGGGAAAAACAUGGAAAAAAUGAGAAUUUCCUAAAUCUCACUUGAAUGGAAGAGGAUCUGACUGUCAGUGUGGUGCCUGGCAGUGCACUUGUGAUUUCAGUUUUUGCUCUGAUUAUUAGAUGUUGAUCUAACAGAGUCAGCGACCCUAAUACCACAAAUGCCAUAAUUUCAAAAAGAGCAUUUUAUUUAGUCAGUUCAUAUUUCUUAUUUUUAUUUUGUUGAAAUAGAGGUUCCCGACAAAGUCAAAAAGUCUUGAUGCAAAAAAGUGAAUUUAAGUUGUUUUAAGGAUUUAAAAUCAAAAACGGGUCAGUGCAGACCCUAACACAGGAGGAGGGUUAAAGGAAAAAUUCAUACAAUAAUUUAACAAAUAUUAAAUCAUAUUUUUACGUUUAUUUAGUUGUUUGCAACCUUAGCGUCAUGAAAUGAAAUUAGUCAUACAUAUUCAUCAUGUAUAAAACUGUACAAGGUGAUGACAAGUGAUGGCUAAUAUUAGUAAUAAAACUUCUGCAGCUGUUGGUGACCGCAGCACUGAUGACAGACGAAGAGAAUACAGCGCCACAGUGUGUGCUGACAGUAAAAAUGCAUAAACAGCCACUGUCAACAAAAUCAGUGACAGAAUUAGCCUAGGUGUUAACACCUCUGAUAAAUGCUAAAACAGGAAAUAAAUGGCCAAAUUAAAAGUACAUAAUAGACCAAAAAUGUUCUUACCUUUAUUGUGCUGAUUCAACUCAUGCAUUAUUCAUCAGGAACAAAGAUAUUUUCAAACACACAGAAAACUGUUAUUUCUCUGCAGAUCCACUUUAAAUCAGCUUGAGAGACCUCAAGAGCUCUACCUUGAACAAUGCUUUCAAGUUGUAAAUAUUUAAUCAACAAUUUUCCUUCUUAAACUUACAAGUUGUAGUCAAAGUAAUGUAUUUUUACCCGCACCUAUCACCAGGUCUGAUUUAUUUUCUCCCAGCAGGUUUUAUAAAGAAAGACCAGAUGUGACCAUAGAAUAAUGAAUAUCUUGUUUUAAAAAAUUCCUCUGUUUUUCCACACUGUGGGUGUGUUAGAGAUAUAGGAUGAUAAGUGCUGAGUAUCCAGAAGUCACAGUGACCCCACUUUCUGCUCACAUGUGAUCCAGCUCGAUCGGCACAGAUAUUACACGCGUCAUUCAUCGACUGGAGAUAUCAGAUUGUUGCUCGCUCAAAGUAAAUCUUCUUAAAAUCACUGUGGCUCACACGUGUGUUCUCAUGACAGGCGGGUACACUACCAAGAUAAGCAGUUCAAAAGCACUGUCGUGUCUCAGGCAAAGUGAAGUUAUUUCUUCAGAAGGGAUAGCGUUUCUCCUCCUAGAGCUGUCAGCAGCCUUUGCUAUACCAACUGAAAAACUAAACAGAGGACUACUUUUCUUUUUCAUCAUUUUGAGUUUUUCCUCCCCGUCUUGUAUCAUCCGUUCUUCUCCCUGCCUCCUGCUCCUCCUUUUAUUCAGUCAUCUCUCCUUGGCAGUGGAUAGCUUUUCUAUCCUUCUAUUCUCCUCUGAGGCUCUAACUGGCAUAUUGAAAUGUCUUUAAACACCAGUCCCCCUCACCAUUGCUUUUUAUGUGUUUGUGUUUGAGGCCUACAUAGCAAUUUAGAUGUCUCUCUACAAAUGCCAUAUUAUUUAAACAUCACUGGAGCCUUAUUCUUUUCUGCAAUUUGUUUUUUCUCCAGCCGGGCGUAGAUUGGAGAUUUGUGGUUGUAAAUUGGUAUUCCAAGCAGUGCUGUUAUCUGUUCUUUUGUCUUCAUCCCCCUGUUAAAGGUGUUGUGUUUGUUCCCAUUGUCACUCUUCCUCAAGGGAAUCGCCCCUAGAGUGGAGUUUACCACGACAUCAGUCAUAGAGGAGAGUAAUGGGAGAGACAGCUGUCUUGCUUCACCUGUAAGUGUGACUUCUUAUUACAUUUCUUGGCUCUGUGCAUCACCACACACAUUAUGAGCCAUCUCUUAACCGUUUUCGCCUCUCCUCAUCAUUCUGUUUUAUGGAUUAUACCAAAUGAAGCUUUCUCCUUGUACACUCAUAUCUAUCUUCUAUAAGAUCUCAGUCAAGUUUUGGACAAGUCAAUGAAAGGGACAAUCACAAGUCAAGUAAACACUGCCUUCAUAAUUUCUGUAAUUUGAACACAUCACAGCUGCAUACAGUGUUGACUCUGUAGUGCAAGUCAUGACUAAAACUGUGUAGAGGACCUUAAUGAGUAAUAUCACUUUGUCAGAUAUGUCUGUUUCCACCAUGCAUACCCUUUUACUAUUGUUGCCAUGGCUACUGCAUCCAUCCAUCCAUACUUUCAAGGGUAUCUCUUCUAUCCUUGUGAAUGUAAUUAUGGGCAAGCAGAUCAGUGAUGCUGAUAGAAAGGCUCCUCUCACAUCUCCAACAGACUGACUGGUUUACUGACAAAAAAAGUGUAAAAACUCCCAGCUAGUCUUUUUUUUUCCAUGAGGGUCACCUGUACUUUUGCCUUUUGUGUCCUUGUGGAUUUGCAGUUUUUAAUUCGAGACAGCCUGAUUAAUUGGUGGGCAGAUUCAUCAGGUCAAUUAAGGGCUUUUUUAGUAACCAGUAUCAAAUCAUCAUCUGCCUUUACAAGACCAAUAUCACUAUUACUUUUUCUAGAGCUAUUAAAAAAUCUUUUUAAAACAGGUCACAAGCUUAUUUAACCAUGGAUGUUUCAUUGAAAUGUGCAUAAAGUGAUGGAUUUAUACAUGACUUGAUAAUUUAUGAUGACUAGACAGACAUCCAGGAUUCCUUUGAGGCAUUAUUUACUUCGCAAAAUAUUUUCCCAUCUACAGUUAUUAAUGAAAUGUUCAUUUAUAUUCUGCAGAUUUGUUUCUCAUUGGUUAGCAUUAAAAAAGUGAAAAGAUAAAACAACAAUGUGAUGUUGGCUUUAUAAAAUUGGUCAUCAGCCAACCUCUUAUUGUCAGAAUCAGCAUCACCUGGUCAAACACUAGUUUUUAUACUUAAAAAGCUUUUGUUUAACAAAUGUCUAAAUGUUUUUUUUAUCAUUCUCUGGUGCAAACUUCCUGAUUUAGAGAGUUUUCCGCCCAUUAAACUUUACUAAGUCAAAAUUUUGGACCAAAAAUUGUCUUCAUUAUCUUUGUCAAAAAGAGAUUGUGGCACUUCAUUCUCCCUUUAGAUGAAACUCCUUAUCAAAAAAAUAUAAACAGUUAAUUUACGGAUGAAGUUGAGACAAUGAACCUUCUUGAUCUUGGCUUUGUGUGUAUGAUGUGUGUGUGAAUGUAAUUUUAGCAGACAGAUACUGUGAUGGAAGAACAAUGCUCCAAUUCUGGGCUGGAAAACAGCAUAAUUCAAAGGAUAAAAGUGAGAAGGAAAUCUUUCACAAACACUUGUGUUUGUAACAUAUGAUCCAUCACACAGCAGUUGGCAUGUUUUGCCAAAAACAGUACCAUGCAUUUCCCAGGUGCUGUAACCUAAGCUGAGCCAUUUGUUUAAAUGGGAUGUCAUUGACAGGGAAACAGAUUGUCAGAGUGUUCUCCUGGCCCCUCAGGGAGGUGUCUGGAUCAGAGCACCGCUGUGGCUGUCAGACAGUAGAAUUUCUCCAUUUUCUCCCUUCUAAUGGCUCCUCAGCAUCGGCAUCUCUCUGACUGCCUGCCCACCCAGCUGACAAACCCUGUCCUCUUCUAAUAGAGAUUCUGAGUGAUUGCAACGUACACAAAACCCCUCAAACUGAAGAGACAAACAUGCAGUCAGAGUUUUAUUCUUUCUUUUCUCUUUUACUUCUACUUUGCUAGUUCUUAUUAUUCCUGUUUUUUUUUUCUUUUACUUUGUUGGCAAGAUCCACCUGGUGAGUGUUAGGCCGUUAGCCUGUCUGUCUAUCAUCCUGUCCUGUUAGCCCACCACUUGAGCUCAGAACAAGAUUUAUCAGCCACUGUUGGAUAGAUUAUCUUCAAAUGGUAUUAAGACAGGUCCCCAGAGGACAAUGACUUUACUUUAGUGCCACCAACAGGCAGUUUUCCCUCAUAAAGCUGGAGGGUUUUGGUAAAAUAACCUCUAAAGAUGGGAACCAACUUUUCUGUAUUUUAUAUUUCAUCAGAUACUUUGAUUUUUGAUGUGAAAAACAGAGAAACUGAGACGUCUGAUCAGGGUUUUUUGUUUGGUACUGAUUAGCAAACGUUGUCCUGCUAUGAUGCUGAAGAUGAAUCUUGCUAUGUAUUUCCUUUAUCAUUGUAAACAUAUUAAUAAUAAUGCAUCAGAUUUCAUAUAGCGCUUUAUCAGAGACCCUCAAAGCGCUUUACAUUGGAUACAUCAUUCAUUCGCUCACACAGUCACACUUUUGGUGAUGGUAAACUACCUCAGUAGUCACAGCUGCCCUGGGGCAGACUGACGGAAGCGUGGCUGCCAUUUUGCGCCUACGCCCUCUCUGACCACCACCACACAACACUCACAAUCAUACACCAGUGGAGGACACACACCGGGAGCAAGGUGGGUUAAGUGUCUUGCCCAAGGACACAACGGACAGACUAGGUAUAGGGGGGAAUCGAACCGCCAACCUUCUAGUUAUUGGACGACCGCAACCUCCUGAGCUACUGUCGCAUCAUGGAUGUUGUUAAGCAGAAAGAACCACAGAGCUGCUAUGGCACCUCCUCUCCAUUGUCUCGUAAUUGUUCAUCAAUACCCCAGGCUUUGCUGACUUGUGUGUUUUAAAGCAUACCAACAAUGGAAAUAGCGGGAAAUCUCAUUAGCCAAGCUUUCACAGCUUUGUUGACGGCAGGCCAGCUGAUCUCAAAAUAAGACUGCUUGGCUGUCUGAAGCAGACUUGAGAGGGGUCAGAGAUGGUGGUAGGUGUGUGGGUUGGAGAACAUACUUCACCUAAUUCUAUUAAAUGAGACCGUUCUCAAAUGGCAACCUGUAUCAGGAUUUAGUCAUCGUUUAGUUUCUCUUAAAAAUAGUUUCAAUGUUGUGUGAUUUCCCUUAUUAGCAUUUAGAUUAUCUUUGUUUUACAGCCAGGUAAUGCCUCUUUAUCAUGUUAGACUGGAGAUGGCCAUCAAAUGCAAUUAACAUUUUAUCUUAACGUAUUUAUCCCCGGUUGGCAUUACCCGCAGGAAGUGGGAUAUUGCAUCUGAGCAUGAUGUUAGUGGCCAUUAGAGUUAUUGAAGUAAUUCUGCAGAGGUGGUCUCCAUGGCAGUGCUGACUGCAAGAGCUGUUGUUGUUGUAACACUUAAGCUGAAUGAUUUAGCUAAUGGUUUAAUGGUUUAGUCCGGGGAGAGCACGUCUUUGUUGAGAGUGAGAGUGAGAGUGAGAGCAGCUGCCUUAAUGGCUCAAACGGCUGACGCUUGUGUAAAGGAAAAACAUUUUGGUCUGUGGAGAAAUCUAAACUGCUGAGACAAAUGUUAUGUGUCAACUUCAAAUGGAGACAAGGGAGGGUUGUUUGACAUGUUAGAGCAACAUAUCAACAUUUUUCUUUCUCUCUCGUAUAUUCUGUCUUUUCUGCCUAGACUUGUCUCUCUCCCGUGAGGCCAUCUUUAACCUCAUCCAGGCAGGGUGCAACAAAAAAGUCUUCCCCAUCCGGGAUGAAUUUCUCCCACAAUGAUGAUCCAUCCUGUGUCUCAUCAGAGGGUGGGAAGGAAAAGCUUAAUGCAGAUACUAGAAGUCCAAACUCUGCGGCUUUUUCUACAUCGCCAUCUUCAAAAACAACCAACCGCAACUCCCAGGAUAAGAAGAAGGGGAAAAAACAAGCGUUUCCCAUACUGUCUGUAGACACAGGCUACCAGCAGCCAACAGUUUCCUCAAGGGCACGAGCCUUAUCCCCGUACACCCACCGCAAGAUGUGCCAACUUUCAGAGGACGCCCGGCAGAGGCUCAGUCAUCUCCAGCUGGGGCCUCACCACUUCAAGAAGGAGACUGAAAGCCAGCCGCCCUUCUUGGUUUGUAACAUCACACAGACAUUUUCCCCCAAAUGGAAGCAGAUGACAAAGUGGUGUGAGGAUGGUUUGUUUAAUGCUGAUAAAACACGUGUUCUGUGGACAGGGGUUAGAAAAUUAAUGGGCUCCUGAAUAGAUGUAGUUCAAGUCUCAGUGGGAGCUUCCCAAAUUUGAACAUCAUCUAGCUGGCAGAUUAAGUGGAGGGCAUAAUAAGAGCACAGUGUUAAUCUCUUUACCUGAGCCGUUAAUGGAUUUUGACGUCAUGAAAAUGUUUCACCAUGUGCCCGUGUAAUAUGGCCUGUUAUGCUCUCCGAGGGGCCUGAGUGCGCUUUAAAAGCUCACAUGCUGGAUGUAGACUGGUGCAUAGUUAUUUGUUAACUCUCCAAAUAUGGCUUCAUCAUUCCUGUAAGAGAUUAACAUUUAAAAAGGAGUGAUUUUCUGAUCAUACAGCCUUGGGGACGGCACACAUGAUGGACAAGCACAACACAGCCUCUGGUUCUCAGCCUCCUCCCUCUUUCCUCUGCUCCCAAAUGUAUUCCCGCGUCUUCAUUUACAUCAGAUCUAAUCCUGAGGUAUGAAUAUCAGAAUCCAGCAGCAUGCUGUUAUUAAAAGAAAUGAUUAGGUGCUGAGUUGUUUGUGUUUGUCACACACAUGAAUAGAAUUUACUGGAAUACAACAGGCAAUUCAUUAAAGAGAGGAGCAUGGUUGUCCCCUUGCUGGUUUUCCUGGGGGAAUCUUUUGUCAACAAUUAACCCUAGUAAUAGAGAGUCAAGCUGCAAUUAACAAAUAGAUACCUAAUGAAGUAGCUUAGCCCCAUGGUGAAUGCAUUAUUAGUGUGUGUUUUAGAGCCUUAGCUGUGUGUGUCUUUGUGUUGAGGUAAGCUAUCUAUUUAUCAAACCCAAGCUAGAGUCUGAGAAAUGCUCUUUUUUAAGGGGCGGGGGGUGUUUAAAGGCACAGUGUGUAGUAGGGGUGGGAGAAAGAAAUCGAUACAGCAAAGUAUCGCGAUAUUUUGUCUGGUGAUAUCGUAUCGUCUCAUUCACCAUUUAUUGAUUUUUUUUUCAAAUUAAUUCCUAAUAUGAAGUUAGUCUAUGAUAAUGUAAAAAUAAAACAGUUUGUCCAGUGAAGUUUGCAGAGGUGUCGUCAUAGAGCAGGAGAAAGUUAGUGCAACAAAUAAAGCAGCACCUGGGCAAAGACAUUAUAAAUGCAAGCAGGGCACAAAUGAGAUGGACCUGACACAUGAGGUUUGUAAGAUGUGCUACAUGAAAAUGAAAUACUGUGUAAACAAGACAAACAUAAAGGAAAGACAAAUGCUAAAUCAGCUAAACAAGUAAAGCGAUAAUAUUGUAUCGUGGGAACACUGGUGAUUCCCACCCCUAGUUUUUAGUAUUUGGCAGAACAAACAUGAAAUAUAUUUAUAGAUACUUUUAAGUGAAUGUUUUUAAUAACUUACAAUAAACCUUUCCUAGCAGGUUUCCUUUCACAGAGACAGCCAGCCUGUUUCAAAAGAAGCAGAGUGAAAAAAGGGGAGGAGGAAGAAGAGAGGUUAUGGUUGUUGUUGUGAAAAGGACUUUGUGUUGAUAAGAGUUUUGAUGGGAAAAUCUUGACGAAUGGAGGGUCAUAUUUAGCAGGUGUUAUAGGAGAUUCUUGUCCUCAAAGGGCACCAUUGCUGGGAGUUUAUAUCUAGAAAUAUUAUCAGAUUUUCCCCCUUCUUCGCACUGCUAACUUCAAUUCUGCACAAUGAAAAAAUGAAAUAAAUAAAAAGGGAAAAUGUUUAUGAAUAUAUUUGAUAUAGAUUAUUUCAACAUAAUGUUGCAGACAAAACAUUUCUGUUCUAGUUCUGCCAUUUCUAAUCUAAAGUUGGCAGAUUGCGUGAUUGAUUUGUGUGUCAGUACCGGGAAAUUACUUGUUUUCUGCUUGAGUACCAAAUCCACAUCCCUGUGUCAGUGUUUUACUGUGUAGAUAAAAUGAUUCGAGUUACAGCAGUGUAACAUUUUUGACACCAGACUGUUUUUCUGUCAUGCUUUUGCCAGGUGUCUUACUGCAGCAAUGUGUCAGGGAUAGGAACUCCCUCCUCCUCUCCGCAGCGCAGUAGCAUGAAUCAACACUCUGACAGCUGCACAGCUGAUAACACAGGUAGACUUCAACUUACACAUAAACAACUUCUACAUGUACGAAUGCACAUCUCAGGGUUAGAGUCGUGCUUAACACUAAAGAAAAUAUGUAUUUUAAUUUUAGAGUUUUUUAGGAUUUGACUGAUCAAAUCUCUGCUGACAUUUUUCUUAUCAUACUAAUGGAAGAAAGUAACUUUGGUGUGCAGCAACUUGCAGAUUUUGACUUUAUAUUUACCCGCCUUUAUGUGGGGAAGUUUUAUCUCUGUACCUUUGUGAGUCCAGAGUCUUUGUUUAGAUUGAUGUCUUAAAGCUGAGGUUUUCAGUUUUCAUUAAACUCCUAACUUGUCUUUGUUGCUGAAGGUUCACCUCUCCUGAGGAGUUACAGACCAAAAUCAUCCAGAGUAAGUCUAAUAGGAACUUUAACUUCAGAUUGAACAGUCUCUUAACAGCAUAAAUGUUCAAAAUCAUAUAUAAAAAACUGAAGUUUGUAUAAUGUACCAUUUUAUAAAGGUUCAUCUCCUUUCUGUCAAAUUUUCCUGGAUACUACACAAUAGCCUCUCAAGAGUACAUUUGGUCUUUUCUUAUUUUGAUACUGAGAAUUUGAUUUCUUUCUUUGUCCUCAGCAAACCUUCCCAUUCAGCGCAUUUACCGCUAACUCUCACGUGACACUGUUUUUUUUUCCUGUGACCUUUUCCAGGAGAGGUCAGGUUCUGUCAGGGUCCACUCCUCUCCAGGGACACCAUCCAGACUUGGAGCCCAAACUGAAAGCCCGAGCAUGAGAGGUUCUGCCUUAUCUAAGUCCACCCCGACCAGAAUGAACCCCAGAAGUCCCCUGAAUCUUAACCAUUCUCUCAGAGAAAGGUAGAAAUCUUCAGAUAACGCCCUUCACUGUGACCUGACCUUAAAAGUACUUCAAAGCUUUUGUGAAUUUUUGUUUUUUUCUGUCGUAGAUAAAACACUUUUAUUUGAAAAUGAAAAAAAAUCUGAUGGAUCAUGAAAUUACAAAGACUCAAAGAAAAAAGCGUGUUUGAGUGAAACUUGGAUGAAACUCCACUUUUGAUUUACAAUUCUGAGACAUGCGUCACUAACUCAAGUAACUGUCUGCUGUUGAUGGCAUUUUAUAAGCACCGUGAGAGGUAUUUUGCAUGCUGUUGGAAGCUUAGUGCAGGGGUUAAGUGUGUCUUUACAUUAACUUUGGUGGAACACUUUGAGGGACCUGAGCCUUUUUUCUGGCCACAAAGACGGCAGCAGAAAACAUAAUCCUUUUUUCCUGUGGUGUUUGUCCUGAAUUUAUCCUGAUCCAUCUGUGUAAAUCAUUGCUGUUUGUCCAAAAGAUCUUAAAAGCACAAGAGGCACCUCUAUGAGUUUCCAAUUACAGAAUAUGGCAAAUAUGAGGCAAUCCUGUGAGACGUUAGUCAUACACUGCCACUGAUACGUGCGUGCGCGUGUGUGUGUGUGUGUGUGUGUUCACCUCAUCUUUAAUUUUGAUCAUACUCGACAGGCAGGAUGAAUUCCCCUCCACCUCUUAAAUUAUAGAAGCUGAUGUCUUGUCAUGUUUGUUCAUUACUGAGAGGGGAGGCAGAGAGCAGGGAAAACAAAGAGGAAAAUGGUAUUGAUUUGUGUUUCAGCUCGAGUCUGAUGCAUUUGACCCGAUGCACGCUUUAAUACAUUCAGAGAGACCUUGUCAUCGAUCACUGCAGCCGUGAGUUAAACACACCGAGGGGACCGAUGUUCUGUUUUGUUUGUUUGUUUGUCUCUGCUUUCCUUUCCCCCUUCUGCUCAGUCCAUAAGUAAACAUUAAAAUCAAUAGACAAUCUUAAACUGCAAAGUAAAUUGUAGGAAAUGAAUGAUACUUUUCUCUCAAUUGAAAACGCGGCAGGAGUUGCAGGGCGGGAGAUUAGAGCAGUUCUUUGUAGAUUCCCUGCGACAGGCAGAGGGGCACGUCUUACCACAAAUCUUUGAUCUAUAAAGAAAAUGACAGAUGCCAGUGGCAACGUUUGCUCCCUAAGCCCUGAAGUCUCAGUCUAUUCAUGUCUCUCGAUGAUUUGUCCUUGAUGACUUUUUGAAGCAGGUAGCAAGUUUAUCAGAUUACAGAUGAAAAGCUUCCAUUUCCACACUACGAGCCUGACCAAGACAGCAGCCAGUCAGUCAGACAGUCAUCACCAACAAAUCCCGACAAAUAAAUGAGGAUGAGAAGCAAUUCUGGCAUUUAUUACUGUUCACUUCUGUCUGUCUGUCAGAGCAGGCUUUUCAUAACUGACUGUGGCCAAGUUGCAGACACAUUUAUAUUGCAUUGAUAAGGCUUUUCCAGGCCUCCAAUUUAAAUGCAAAGCUGACUGUCAAUCAAAAAAUGCUAUUCUUGUUUUUUUCACAAAAGGUUAACUGUAAAAGAGACAAAAUUAACAUUUGUACAGGGGUAACACUAAUUUGUUUUCAGGGGAUUUUCAAGGGCUGUUCAAGUUUGUGUCAAGUCAGUGAGGCUCCAGUUUCAGCCACAGAUCUGUCCUCACAUCUUGAGUGAUGUUGCAGUACAGACUAGUGGACAAAAGGAAUAUCUGCAAGAUACAUAACCGGCGCUCUGAAGGGGUUUUCUCAUAUUGAAGUAACUCAGUUUCUGGUUUCCUGUAUCAUUAAAUGAUAAUUCACUGUGGAAAUCUGUGAUGUAUGUUAUCAAAUAUUUACUAAUAUUUUGACUUUUUUUGCUUUUUGUUCUGUGAGCUCGUAAAAAAAAAAAAAAUAGUACAUAAUUCUUCCAUCAAAAAUUCAACCAGAGGUUUUGGUCUUUUGUUGCUUUUGUGGGUUCAAGUCCACAGGUUUGUAAUCUUUCUUGACAAAGAUAUACAGAGUAUUUAAUAGACUCCUCUCUCUUCACUGCAGGACAGAAAGGUUCAGAUGAUCUUUUGUAACCACAGCCAUCAGACUUUACAAUUCUUCUAUAAAUAAUAGAUGACUUUUUGAGACAUGGCAAGUGAGACUUAAAACAAUUGAAUUUCUCUUCAGGGAUAAAAUAAAGUUAUUCUUAUUUUUAUUCUUAAUAUCAACCGUGAAACCAUUGUGUGUUUUCGUUACAGGUUCAAAGCUUCUGUCAGAUGUUGGUUAUGAGUUUUUAAUGUGGCAUGUUUUUGUGUCUUUAGGUUGAAUACCAGUCAGCCCAGUCCAUCAUACUGGGAGAUCCAUAGCCGUGUCCAGAGGCUCUUGCAGACUCACAAAGCAACCAUGGACCACCAAGUGACCUUUGACCAUACUUGCUGAUCAUCCCACAUUGUGUUCAAACAACUGAGAAUCCAUCACCAAUAUUUUUUCUGUUCACUUUAAAUUUCCACAUAUAAGCAGAUGUUUGAUUUCACGUUCUGUAGCAGAUUCACACUCAAACACACUUAAACCCUCUUAACUGUAUGAUUUUAUAAUUCAGUGAGUCAAACCGCCUCACACACAUGCAUCAGCAUUUAUCUCCCUUUGAUUUUCAUUUAAAUUUCAAACCAUCCUCGGCACCUGCUGAGCCGCGCUUGUCGU